GCUUGGGGACGCAGCAUAGGCGGCGGUUUGCGAGCUGCGGGUUGACGGAGAGUAGUGACCGGCGUCCUCCUAUCUGGUCCUGUCGAGGUUAGCCGAGGCUCUAUAGUGCGCGGCGGCAGCGAAGCUAACGUCGUGCUUGCGGGACGCCCGAGGCUGGGCCCAUGGCCUCCUGCGCGAGCAUCGACAUCGAGGACGCCACGCAGCACCUGCGGGACAUUCUCAAGCUGGACCGGCCCACAGGGGGUCCCAGUACAGAGAGCCAGAGGCCAUCCAGUGCCUACAAUGGGGACCUCAAUGGACUCCUGGUACCAGACCCCCUCAGCUCAGGUGAUGGUGCCUCAACAAGCAAACCUGGUGUACGGACCAUGCCACCCAUUAACCUGCAGGAGAAGCAAGUCAUUUGCCUCUCUGGAGAUGACAGCUCUACUUGCAUUGGGAUUUUGGCCAAGGAGGUGGAAAUUGUGGCCAGUAGUGAUUCUAGCAUUUCAAGCAAGGCACGGGGGAGCAACAAGUUCUCAGGUGAAAAUCCAGCCUGUCGCCAAGUAUGACUGGGAACAGAAAUACUACUAUGGCAACCUGAUUGCUGUGUCUAACUCCUUCUUGGCCUACGCCAUUCGGGCUGCCAACAAUGGCUCGGCAAUGGUACGUGUGAUCAGUGUCAGCACUUCAGAGCGGACUCUGCUUAAGGGCUUCACAGGCAGUGUGGCUGAUCUGGCCUUUGCACACCUCAACUCUCCACAACUGGCCUGCCUGGAUGAAGCAGGCAACCUUUUUGUGUGGCGCUUGGCUCUAAUUAAGGGCAAAAUUCAAGAAGAGAUCUUAGUCCACAUCCGGCAGCCUGAAGGCACGCCCCUGAACCACUUCCGGAGGAUCAUCUGGUGCCCCUUCAUCCCUGAGGAGAGUGAAGACUGCUGUGAGGAGAGCAGCCCAACGGUGGCCCUGUUGCAUGAAGACCGGGCUGAGGUGUGGGACCUGGACAUGCUCCGCUCCAGCCAUAGCACCUGGCCUGUGGAUGUCAGCCAAAUCAAGCAGGGCUUCAUAGUGGUAAAAGGCCAUAGCACGUGCCUUAGUGAAGGUGCCCUUUCCCCUGAUGGGACUGUCCUGGCUACUGCAAGCCAUGAUGGCUUUGUCAAGUUCUGGCAAAUCUACAUUGAAGGUCAAGAUGAACCAAGGUGUCUGCAUGAAUGGAAGCCUCAUGAUGGGCGACCCCUCUCCUGCCUCCUGUUCUGUGACAACCAUAAGAAACAAGAUCCUGAGGUCCCUUUCUGGAGGUUCCUCAUUACUGGUGCUGACCAGAAUCAGGAGCUGAAGAUGUGGUGCACAGUGUCCUGGACCUGCCUGCAGACCAUUCGCUUCUCUCCAGAUAUAUUCAGCUCAGGGAGUGUGCCCCCCAGCCUCAAGGUUUGCUUGGACCUCUCAGCAGAGUAUCUGAUUCUUAGUGAUGUACAACGGAAGGUCCUCUACGUGAUGGAGCUGCUGCAGAACCAGGAGGAGGGCCGUGCUUGCUUCAGUUCCAUCUCAGAAUUCUUACUCACCCACCCAGUGCUGAGCUUUGGAGUCCAGGUUGUGAGUCGCUGCCGGCUGCGGCAUACUGAGGUGCUGCCUGCUGAGGAAGAGAAUGACAGCCUGGGGGCUGAGAGUACUCACGGAGCUGGUGCCAUGGAAUCUGCAGCUGGAGUGCUCAUCAAGCUCUUCUGUGUGCAUACUAAGGCACUGCAGGAUGUGCAGAUCCGCUUCCAGCCACAGCUGAACCCUGAUGUGGUUGCUCCACUCCCCACCCACCCUACCCAUGAAGACUUUGCAUUUGGAGAGUCUCGACCAGAAUUGGGCUCUGAAGGCUUGGGGUCAGCUGCUCAUGGCUCCCAACCUGACCUCCGACGCAUUGUGGAACUGCCUGCCCCCGCUGACUUUCUCAGCCUGAGCAGUGAGACCAAACCUAAGUUGAUGACACCUGAUGCAUUCAUGACACCCACUGCUUCCCUGCAGCAGAUCACUGCAUCUCCUAGCAAUAGCAGCAGCAGCAGCAGUAGCAGCAGCAGCAGCAGCAGCAGUAGCUCUCUGACAGCUGUGUCUGCUGUGAGCAGCGCUUCAGCCAUGGACCCCUCCUUGCCCAGGCCACCUGAAGAGCUGACCUUGAGCCCUAAGUUACAGUUGGAUGGCAGUCUGGCAAUAAACAACAACAGCAACCUGCAGACAAGCCCGCGCAACCUCCUGCCUGGAUUGCUCCCAGGUCCAGCUGACAAAUUAACUCCCAAGGGGCCUGGGCAGGUAUCUACUGCUGCAUCUGCACUGUCCUUAGAGCUGCAGGAAGUGGAACCCCUGGGACUUCCCCAGGCCUCCCCUAGUCGGACACGUUCCCCUGAUGUGAUCUCUUCAGCUUCCACUGCCUUGUCCCAGGAUAUCCCUGAAAUUGCAUCUGAAGCCCUGUCCCGUGGUUUUGGCUCCUCUGCUUCUGAAGGCCUUGAGCCAGACAGUAUGGCUUCAGCUGCCUCAGCACUACACCUGCUGUCUCCACGGCCUCGGCCAGGGCCUGAGCUUGGGCCUCAGCUUGGCCUAGAUGGAGGCCCUGGGGAUGGAGAUCGGCAUAGUACCCCUUCUCUACUGGAAGCAGCCUUGACCCAGGAGGCUGCAACCCCUGACAGUCAGGUCUGGCCUACAGCACCUGACAUUACUCGUGAGACCUGUAGUACCCUGGCAGAGAGCCCCAGGAAUGGCCUCCAGGAAAAGCACAAAAGCCUGGCUUUCCACCGACCACCUUAUCACCUGCUGCAGCAACAUGACAGCCAGGAUGCCAGUGCUGAGCAGAGUGACCAUGAUGAUGAGGUGGCCAGCCUUGCCUCUGCCUCAGGAGGUUUUGGCACCAAAAUUUCUACUCCACGGCUACCUGCCAAGGACUGGAAGGCCAAGGGAUCCCCUCGGACUUCACCCAAGCUCAAGAGAAAAAGCAAGAAGGAUGACGGGAAUUCAGCAGUGGGGUCCCAGCUCACAGAGCAGCAGGUGGCAGAGCCCCCUGAGGACUGGCCAGCACUAAUUUGGCAGCAACAAAGAGAGCUGGCAGAACUGCGGCACAGCCAAGAAGAGCUACUACAGCGGCUGUGUACCCAGCUUGAAGGCCUGCAGAACACUGUCACAGGCCAUGUAGAACGUGCCCUGGAGACCCGGCAUGAACAGGAACAGCGGCGGCUGGAGCGGGCACUGGCUGAGGGGCAGCAGCGGGGUGGGCAACUGCAGGAGCAGCUGACGCAGCAGCUGUCCCAGGCACUGUCUUCAGCUGUGGCUGGGCGGCUGGAGCGCAGCAUAAGGGAUGAGAUCAAGAAGACGGUUCCCCCAUGUGUCUCCAGAAGUCUAGAGCCUGUGGCAGGCCAGCUUAGCAACUCCGUGGCUACCAAGCUCACAGCUGUGGAGGGCAGCAUGAAAGAGAAUAUUUCUAAACUUCUCAAGUCUAAGAACUUGACAGAUGCCAUUGCUCGAGCAGCUGCAGACACAUUACAAGGGCCAAUGCAGGCUGCCUACCGUGAAGCCUUCCAGAGUGUGGUACUGCCAGCCUUUGAGAAGAGUUGCCAGGCUAUGUUCCAGCAGAUUAAUGAUAGUUUUCGGCUGGGCACACAAGAAUACUUACAGCAGCUAGAGAGCCACAUGAAGAACCGGAAGGCACGUGAACAAGAGGCCAGGGAGCCUGUGCUGGCCCAGCUUCGGGGUCUGGUCAGUACACUGCAGAGUGCCACUGAGCAGAUGGCAGCCACAGUGUCCAGCAGUGUUCGGGCUGAGGUGCAACAUCAGCUACAUGUUGCUGUGGGCAGCUUGCAGGAGUCAAUUUUAGCACAAGUACAACGCAUUGUUAAAGGUGAAGUAAGUGUGGCACUCAAGGAACAACAGGCCACUGUCACCAAUAGCAUCAUGCAGGCCAUGCGCUCAGCUGCUGGUACACCUGUUCCCUCUGCCCACCUUGACUGCCAGGCCCAGCAAGCCCAUAUCCUGCAAUUACUACAGCAGGGCCACCUCAAUCAAGCCUUUCAGCAGGCACUGACAGCUGCUGAUCUCAACCUGGUGCUGUAUGUGUGUGAAACUGUGGACCCAGCCCAGGUUUUUGGGCAGCCACCAUGUCCACUCUCCCAGCCUGUGCUCCUCUCUCUCAUCCAACAGCUGGCAUCUGACCUUGGCACUAGAAGUGAUCUCAAGCUCAGCUACUUGGAAGAGGCUGUGAUGCAUCUGGACCACAGUGACCCCAUCACCCGAGACCACAUGGGCUCUGUCAUGGCUCAGGUGCGCCAGAAGCUCUUCCAGUUUCUGCAGGCUGAGCCACAUAACUCACUUGGCAAAGCAGCCAGGCGUCUUAGCCUAAUGCUGCAUGGCCUUGUGACCCCCAGCCUCCCUUAAUAGCUAAACCCAUCUUACACAGUGGUGUGGUGGCACUGAAGGCCAGCAAGCAGGAAGGCUUAGGCCAAGACAGGGUCAUGUCUGCUGUUUGUCUGAUCAGGCCUCCAAACUCUGGUAUUUUAGAGGUUGGGGGCAAAGCACACUGAUGGUGGUCUACAGAUUGUGGUAGCCAGCAGGGUUAGGCUAGGCCCAGGGCAGGUAUUGUGUUUUCUUGGGUCUUGCCAUGCCUGAAGCAUGACCCCAGGAUCGUGACACCACUUGAGUUGAAUUUUCCAUGUUCCUUUUUACCUCCAAUUUGGAUCUUUUUGUUUUUGAAAAACAUUGAGAAAUUCAAUUAAAAGCUUUUGGAAUAAAAUGAAGUAUGUGUGUGA